AACAACAACAACAACAACAACAAAACAAUCUCAUAUAAGUAAACAUAUAAAUGAUUGGGACUAGUUACUAACUGUUUACUUUUUAUAAUUAUAAUUCAUACACUAUUAAAGUAUUUCAUUACUCUAAUACAAAAUAUACAAUACAAUAUAAUACAAUACAAUAGAAUUAUCUUAUUAAUAAAUUAUGUCAAUUUUAGCAAAUAUAAGAAAUUUUUUUGAUCAUGUUGGAGAAAAUUUCAAUCAUACAUUUCGAUCACCAGGUAGAUUACCUAGAAUGAAUCAAAAUAAUGAAACAAAUAAUACACGUUAUUCUACUGGUCCUCCAAGAAAUUCCCUUCUAAGGCGUCAAAGUGUGGCUGCCGAAAGUUUUGAUCCAGAAAAAGAUAGUGAUGAUAAUAAUGAUGAAGAGAGACAAAUUUAUCCGAAAUCGGAUAGUCAACGAGCUAGGCUAACUAAUGCUGUCAAAGAAAUUCUACUCUUUCGAUGCCUUGAUGAAGAACAAAAGUCGAAAGUUAUUGAUGCUAUGCAAGAAAUGAAAGUUAAGGAAGGUGAUGUAGUUAUCAAACAAGGUGAUGAUGGAGAUAAUUUCUACGUAAUUGAAUCAGGCACCUAUGAUAUAUAUGUUAAACAGAAUCAGUCAACUGAAGAGAAACUUGGUGAAAAAGUUGGAUCGUACAAUGGUCAUGGUUCAUUUGGUGAACUUGCUUUAAUGUAUAAUACAUCACGGGCUGCUUCUAUAAUAGCUACUACAAAUGGUAUACUAUGGCUUAUGGAUAGAAAUACUUUUCGACGUAUUGUUCUUAAAGCAGCCUUUCAUAAACGUCAAACAUAUAUAGAAUUGCUUGAGGAUAUUCCAUUACUUAAAGAAUUAAGUAGUUAUGAACGUACAAAUGUUGCUGAUGCUCUACAAUCUAGAGUAUAUCAAGAUGGAGCAACUAUUAUAUCUCAAGGUGAAACUGGCAAAGAAAUGUUUAUUAUUGAAUCAGGAACUGUAAGAAUUAGUGUUAAAGAGAAUUCAAAAGAAGUAGAAUUGAGUCGAGUUGGUAAAGGUGCUUACUUCGGAGAAUUGGCAUUAAUUACCAAACGACCUAGAGCUGCUUCAGCUUAUGCUGUCGGUGAGACAAAACUAGCGGUUUUGGAUGUUGCAAGUUUUGAACGUUUAAUGGGACCAUGUCUUAAAGUUAUGCAAAGAAAUAUUGAUACAUAUGAAAAACAAUUAAGUGAAUUACUUGGAACUAAUAAUCAAUUAAAAUUAAAUGAAUUUAAAUCAAAAUAAUUUCAUUCUAUAGAAAUAUAUAAAAAAAAUUUUCUUUUCUUUCUUUUUUGUUCUUGCUGUUGUUUUUGUUGUUGCUACCUUCUCUUUUUCCAUGUUCAAUUAAACCCAAGAUUACUAUUUUAACCAAAUGAUAUAUAUAUAUAUAUAUAUAUAUCUGAAAAAGUAUUCUGUUUAUAUAUUACCAGUUCAUUUUGUCAAUUUAACGUUUACAUUUUUUUGUUUUUUUGUUUUUUUUAUUACAUAAUAUCAAUAAGGUUAUUCAUAGAUAUAUUGAUGAUAGUAUCAUUAUAAUCCUAUAAGUAUAAAUAUAUAUAAUUUUCUACGGUGAGUUGAACUUUCAUCUAUAGUUGUCAUCACAACAAGAAAACAAAACAAAAAAAAAACAAAAAAAUAUAUUACGUAAUACCAUUCACAUAUGAAACCGAAAAUGAUUAUAAUUGAUUAUUGGAUAUAAAUCAUCUUUUUAUUAAAAAAAGAAAACAACAACAAAGAGAAUAACUAGAAUUCAUUUUAACUUAAGAAUAUUUUUUAAAAGCUACAAAUGUGUUAUUCUUUCUUUUUUUCUUUUUUCUUUCUUCUUUUUAAUCAUAACAAUCAACAUUGUAUUAAAGUAAAGUAAACAAAAAAAAACAAAAAACAAGACAAGGUGAGUUACAAUCAAAUGUGUAUGGUAGUUAUAUGUGAAAGAAAAAAUAAGAAGAAAUUUAUGCAUUUCCAUUUUUCAUUGUUGUAUUAAGAAAUAAUAAAAAAAAGUGAUAGAAAAGAAAACGAAUUUGUUUUUCUUAUUUGAUUUAUUGGUGUCUAAUAUUGUAGUGAUAUUUUUAUGAACAGAGAAGGGUUUUCGGGGAUAUUAUAGUCAUUUUAUUCGUUGAAUUUAUGGAUCAAUCGAAGCUAGACCACCAUGGAAAAGCUGGAAGUACUGGACGGUCGUUUCGUUCUAGUAUGUGACUCCUUAGUAGUGCGUAUCCAAGAUCACAUCUUGCAAGAUUUGAACCCUGAACCUUACGGUCUCGCG